GAGGCUUAUCUAAUAUCAGAGACGAGAAAUCGCGUAGGAUGAAUGGUACCCCGCCGCUAAGCCGGCUGCAGUAGUAAUCCAGUGCAACGUCGAGUGGUAUCGCGCGGAGAGACAUGUCACCAGUCGAGACUCUCAUUCUUCUGGCGAUUUGUCUCGUGUCAGCCUACUCGUAUCCGCAGAACACGCUGCUGAACCACCUGAACAAUGUGGAGACGGUCAUCAAGUCCGUGUUCAAGGCUGAACCAGCGACGUUCAAUUUGUACACCAGAGAGAAUCCAUUCGGAGAGGAACAAUUGUUUUUAAACAACACCGAGGUCCUUUACGCGUCUCACUUCAACGAGAGCCGGCCGACGAAGUUCAUCAUUCAUGGAUUCAGCGACACCGGAAACGAGGCCUGGGUACGAGGUCUGAUAGACGCGUAUUUGCUUCACGAAGACGUGAACGUGAUCGUCGUGGGAUGGGGCUUCCUGGCAGCCGACUUUUAUCCAAUGGCAGCGAACAAUACGCGUCGGGUAGGCGAGUUUUUGGGCAACUUUCUGGAAUUCCUGAAUCGCGAGUCGAACCUCGAGUACAAGGAUGUUCAUAUCAGUGGGCACAGUUUGGGCUCGCACGUGGCAGGAUUCGCUGGUGCUUAUUUGGAUGGACGUAUUGGCAGAAUAACAGGCUUAGAUCCAGCGAGUCCCCUGUUCGAGACGAUUUCUGGAAUUGUUGACCCGGAAUUGAGAUUAGAUCCGACCGACGCGCAAUUCGUGGAUGUGAUCCAUACCAGCGGGUCUGCUUUCGGAUUCUUGGCUCCACUCGGCCACGCUGACUUUUAUCCCAACAACGGAAAGUUCCCGCAACCUGGCUGCUCGUUUAUUCUGACCUCGACUUAUUGCAGUCAUUCGAGAGCACACCAGUUCAUGACCGAGAGCAUAGGUAGCACAGCUGGCUUCAAGGCGAGGACCUGCGAGAACUGGGAGAAGUACGAGGAGAAUCGCUGCGAUUACAAUCCAGUCGUGCUGAUGGGCGAAUACGCGUCUACGUCGUUGCGGGGAAAGUUUUAUCUAUCGACGAACGACGCUCCUCCGUUCGCAAUGGAAUAAAACUUUUCAAAGAUGGAAGCAAAGCUCGAAACGACUGUGUGUGGCGGUGAUCGUGUACUCGCGACGUGGAACGAUCCGUACUAGUCAUUUAUAAGUUACUUUAUUUAUCCAGCGUGAACAGUUUUAUUCGAGGUUUGAAACGAAUCAACGAUACACUCCGAACGAGAUCGAAGCAGGUGGCAAGGCGCCGUUGUUGCAUGCCCGUAGGAAGUACAAAUUAUAUUAAUUAAUCCAGCGCGGUUAGAUGAUAUCUUUUUUCUCGUUCGUGCACCCUUGUAAACGAAAGAAAGAAAAUAAAUAUUUUAUUGGUUACUUCGG